UAUAUAAGUAAGAAGCCAACCAAGUCUUUCCCUCCAAAGAUAUUACACAUUAAUUCUAAAUAAUCUUGAUCAAGCUAGGGCUCGAGGGUUCACCCUCUUCGCUGCCCUUUCUAGUAACAGAAGGAAUGGAUGCUAAGAGCUCAGCGACGGGACUAAGGAGGACCCAGUCGGAUCAAAUAGUUGGUAUCGAGAUAAUGUCAGUGGCAAUGAAGUCACCAAGUGUGUUAACUGAUGGGGUCACUGGAACAGAGAAGGGCUCCAAAAAAUUGAUAAGUAAAGGAGGAGGAUUGAGUGCAUUACCUGGAGGUGUAGGGAGUAAUAGCAGCAGGCACACAAGGAGAACAAGGUCUGCUCAAAUGAGAUUUGAUGCGGAUGAAUUGAGCAGCAGCACUCCUCUCAGCCGAGCUUCCAGUGCCAGCAUGGGAUUUUCCUUCACUGGCCCCUCCAAUGACAUUGCUCAUUCUAGGCUCUUAAGUGACAACGACGACGAUUAUAAUCGUAUCACGGAAGAUAUUGAGGCUGGUACGCUUAAUAAGAAGAUUCAAACAGAUCCAACCUUGCCACUUUACCUCAAGUUCACUGACGUGACCCACAAGGUUAUUAUCAAAGGAGUGACAUUUAGAGAAGAGAAGAAUAUACUACAUGGAAUUACUGGUUCCGUGAACCCAGGAGAAGUUCUGGCACUUAUGGGACCAACAGGAUGUGGAAAAACGACCCUCUUAAGUGUGCUAGGAGGCAGGGUGGCUAUGAUUGAUCCAAAAGGUUCAAUCACUUAUAAUGAUCAGUCAUAUACAAAGUUUCUGAAGAGCAGGAUAGGAUUUGUGACACAAGACGACGUGCUAUUUCCACAUCUUACAGUAAAGGAAACACUAACAUAUGCAGCUCUACUACGUUUACCAGUGGAACUGACGAAGCAAGAAAAGGAGGAACGGGCUACAAAUGUAAUCUCUAAACUUGGUUUGGAGAGGUGUCAAGACAGCAUGAUAGGUGGUUCCUAUGUUAGGGGAAUUUCAGGUGGAGAGAAGAAACGUGUUUGCAUUGGAAAUGAAAUAAUCAUGAACCCUUCUCUUUUGUUCCUCGAUGAACCAACCUCCGGAUUAGAUUCUACAACUGCUCUGAGAAUCAUUCAAGUGUUACAAGAUAUAGCUGAGGGUGGAAAAACAAUUAUCACUACAAUUCAUCAGCCAUCCAGCAGGCUCUUUCACAAGUUUGACAAGUUGAUCCUUCUUGACAAAGGCAGCAUGCUUUACUACGGAAAGGCAUCAGAAGCAAUGAAAUAUUUUUCAUCCAUAGGAUGUUCUCCUCUGAUUGCUAUGAACCCGGCUGAGUUCCUGAUAGAUCUUGCAAAUGGAAAUUUGAAUGAUGUUUCUGUCCCGUUGAAACUAAAGAACAGCGUGCACGAGGGGAUUUCAUACACAGAGUGCAAAAAUGGAAAACCAUCUCCAGCAAUGGUGCAUGAGUAUCUCGUGGAGGCCUAUGAGACACAAGCAGCUGAAAAUGAGAACAUGAGACUUAUGAUUCCCAUAACCAUUGAUGAAGAAUCAAGAUCAAGGGUGUAUUCCGAAAAACGAGAAUGGGGAGCAAGCUGGACGAAACAAUUUUGCAUAUUAUUCUGGAGAGGACUUAAAGAACGGCAACAUGACUACUUUAGCUGGCUAAAACUUGGCCAGAUAGUCAUAACUGCAAUAAUUGUGGGACUGCUUUGGUGGCAAUCAGGUGGUGAUAAAGCUGAACAACUUCACAAUCAGGCAGGUCUAUUGUUCUUCAUUGCUGUCUUCUGGGGAUUUUUUCCAGUUUUCACAGCAAUCUACACAUUUCCACAGGAAAGAGCUAUGCUAAAUAAAGAACGAGCAGCCGAUAUGUACAGAUUAAGUGCAUAUUUUGCAGCUAGAACUACAAGUGAUCUUCCACUCGACCUUUUACUGCCACUACUUUUCCUCAGUAUAGUCUAUUUUAUGGCAGGCCUGAAACAUAGUGCAAAAGCAUUUUUCCUUACUGUGCUCAUAGUUUUCAUCUGCAUAGUUGCAGCUCAGGGACUUGGAUUAGCCAUCGGCGCUACACUGAUGGACUUGAAGAAAGCAACUACCUUAGCCUCUGUAACAGUGAUGACAUUCAUGUUGGCUGGAGGAUACUUUGUUGGGAAUGUUCCAAUAAUCAUAUCAUGGCUCCGCUACAUCUCUUUUACUUAUCACACUUACAAACUCCUCCUGAAAGUGCACUACGAAGAUGUGAUCCAGCAAAUGGAUGGAAUGAAAAUAGAUAGUGGUGUAACUGACGUUUGUGCCUUGGUAGCCAUGGUUUUUGGCUACCGUCUCUUGGCAUAUAUAUCUUUGCGAAGAAUGAAGCUCCACUAAAUAAUAAUUAAUUUCACAAUAAGUGGGAUAAACAAGUGAAUUACGUAUUGAAUAAUAUUUAGCAUGGAAACUUGAUCAAGAUAGCUACUUGACUUCUGAAACCUAAAGGGCAGUUCUGCAGAGACAUGAAGCCAAACUCAAGGGAGGGAAUCCAUUCCAACCUCCAAGUUCUCCAUCGAAAAAUUCCAAUAAACUAGUAUCUAUUCCCUAUGAAAUCAACAGACUGUAAGCCCUGUUCGCAGCGUCAAAGUACUUAAAUUUGCCUCUUGAUUUGGUAUCUUAUCUAUCCUUAUGGUGGUUAACAUUGAACUAAGAGUUCAAGAUAAAAUCACUAGUAUUUAAUAGCAAAUUGUUAUGAUACAUUAUUUCAAGCAAUCUUAAUUAUAGAAAGAAUCUGCUUCAGAUUGCCUAUGAAUACAAUGUUUUUUCUGUUCUUUAAUUAAUUAAUUAAUUUAUUAUA